UAUGGGAAAUAACAAAAAAGGAUCAUCUUCUUCUUGGUUGAGUGCUGUUAAGAGAGCUUUUAGAUCAAAGAAACAAAUUAAUGAAGAAGAAAAGAAGAAGGAAAAUCAAAGGUGGCUUUUCAGGAAGCAGCAACAUACUACUAAUCAUGCCAUUGCUGUAGCUGUGCCUCCACUGCCUCUGCAUCAGGCUGCCACUAUUAUUCAAACAGCUUUCAGGGGAUAUUUGGCAAGAAGGGCUCUAAAAGCACUAAAAGGUCUAGUGAAAUUGCAAGCUUUAGUGAGAGGUCACAAUGUUAGGAAACAAGCCAAGAUGACUCUCAAAUGCAUGCAAGCUCUUGUUAGAGUUCAAGCGCGGGUAUUGGACCAGCGAUUUAGGCAAUCGGAGCAAGGAAGUAGAAAAUCAACAUUUAGCGACACCAGUAGCUACCACUAUCUUCAACAUAUGUCAAGAGACGGAAGCACUAUUCCUGAUGAUUGGGAUGAAAGGCCUCAUACUAUUGAAGAGGUAAAAGCAAUGCUGCAAAAGAGAAAAGAAGCUGCUUUGAAAUGCCAAAGGACUGCCUUUUCUCAACAGACGAGGAGAAGUGGCAAAAAUUCCUCGAUAGGAAGUGAUGCGGAUUUUGGAGAAAAACAUCGAAGGAUGGAGCAGUACUGGACGGCUGCAAAAUCAUGGGACAGUAGUAGAGGCAGAGCAUCAACUGAUCCUGUUAAAACUGUCGAAAUGGAUACCUCACAACCUUUACCUCCUAAUUUAAGAAGAUUAGACGAACGACAACAUCAACACCAACACCAACACCAACACCAACACCAACACCAACGACCAAGUUCACCCCUUCAUACAUCUUUUCAAUUCCCCGUUACACCUUCUCCAUCCAAAUCAAGACCUAUUCAAGUCCGCUCUGCUAGUCCUCGAUGUCCAAGAGACGAAAAAGCUCAAACUCCAAGCCUGAGGUCUAAUAAUAACUACUCCUCACACCAACGUAAUAGACUAACUUCUAGUACUGCAGCAAUUCCUAACUACAUGGCUGCUACCGAGUCUGCUUUGUCAAGAAUUCGUUCACAAAGUGCCCCACGACAGAGACCAUCGACUCCAGAAAGGGAUCGAGCUGGAUCAGCUAAGAAACGACUUUCUUUCCCUGUCCCUUUCCGUUAUGGCAAUGUCCCAUCAGGCUAUGGACAUAGUCUUAGGAGUCCAAGCUUUAAGAGCCUUAGUGGAGUACAUUUCAGAUAUGAACAACAGUCUAACUAUUCUUCGUGUUACACAGAGAGUCUUGGUGGCGAGAUUUCUCCAUCUUCAACUAGCGAUUUGCGAAGGUAUUUUAGAUGACCAAACGGCAAAAAUAAGUGAUCAAUAAUGUACAUGCUAAUGCAUAUUGUAACUGUACUGCCUUUUUCUUGUUUGUUAUUUUUUUUAGCUUUGUUUGGAGUGUUAUUUUUUAAAUCCCUUGCUCCUUGAGAUUUCCUACCUAACUUGUAAUGUAUUUGAACCCAUUGAUGUGUUAGUCAAACAUAUUGUAACUAGUUCUUCAAGCAUUAUUUAGUGAAAUA